AUGGCCAAGUUAGUACAUAAUGUGCAGAAGAAGCAGCACAGGGAGCGUUCCCAAACUCAAGAUAGAGCCAAGUUUGGUCUUUUGGAGAAGAAGAAAGACUAUAAGUUGAGAGCAGCCGAUUAUCAUAAAAAACAAGCAGCAUUAAAAGCAUUAAAACAAAAGGCGUCAGCUUAUAAUCCGGAUGAAUAUUAUCAUGCUAUGACCAGAAAGAGAACUGAUGAUAGGGGGAUACUUAUAGCGGACCGUGGGAACGAAGCACUCUCUACCGAACAAGUGAAGUUGUUAAAAUCACAAGAUGCCAAUUACAUAAGAACAAUGAGAUUAAAUGAGUUACUGAAGAUUGAAAAACAAAAGCAGGAGUUAGAUUUCCAAUCAAAGGGGAAGCAUACUGUAUUUGUGGAUUCAGAAGAGGCAUUAGAAGAUUUUACACCAGAAAAAUAUUUUAAAACUGAUAAGAGUAUGCUAGAAAGAAGAGAGAAUAGGUUAAGACUCGAUCAACUUGAAAGAAAUGAAAAAUUGAUAAAGCAAGAUUUAUUUGAAGAUCAAGAAGAAAGAGAUAAGAAAGAUGUUGAAAAAUUAAAUCAAUAUAAAACAUUGAAAAGUAGAUUAGAAAGAGAAGAUAAAUUACGCCAAGUUGAAUCUCAAAUGGAAACUACCAAAGAAUUAAUGAAGAAAGGAAAUAAGAAAAAAUUGGUAGAUUCAAAUGGAUCAGUUCAUUUUAAAUGGAAAAACCAAAGAAAACGUUAA